AUGGGUGUGGUUUUGCUACAGUGCAGGCUGCGCAUGAUAUUACACAGGCUCCCAAGGAUUUUAGAGCUCUGGUACCAUUUCAGAAAAACUAUUUCUGAUAAUAUUCAUAGAAAAGAAAUUGCUCUUAAAUAUNAACCUAGCCAAGAGUUGGAUGAACGUACCACCUCCAACUAUCAGGAUGAGACUCCUUCAAAUGUACCGGCAUCUUCAAAUGGAGAUACGGACAAUGGGCCCGUAAGGCAACUUGUUGCCACAUUUGGUGCUUUGAUUGCUCAAGGUGAAAAAGCUGUUGGGCAUCUUGAGAUUCUCAUCUCAAGUAUUUCUGCUGACUUGCUAGCUGAGGUGGUGAUGGCAAAUAUGCAAAACUUACCUCCAAAUUUCCCUAAUACUGAAGGAAAUGAACAGCUGCAAGACAUUAGUAUGAUUGGUUCUGAUGACAAGGCUAAAUAUCCACCAUCAUUUGUAGCUGCUGUUAUGUCACUGUCUAGUACUUUUCCACCAAUAGCUUCCCUUCUUGAUGCACAACAAUCAGUUUCAAAUGAGGUUGAGAAGUCACAAGGGGAGGAAGAAAUUUCUGCAACUGCUGUCAAUAGUGGUGCUGUUCACUCUGGCAUGAAUCUUGUAUCUGAAAAUGUACCAUCUCCUACUGAUUUUCCAACUUCUGAUGCUAGUAUACCUGGAGUUGAGAAUGGCUGUACAACUAUGCCUCCUGACAUCCAUGAUGUUGGAAACUCAGAGAGUGGAAUUCCUGGCCUGGAUUCUUUUGGUCGUAGUGAUGCCUUGUCACAAACUUUUGAUCCUUCUUUAUUGGCUUCCACUGAAGUGGGCCUAGAAGAUGGCAGCCAAGAGCAAGAUACAAGUUUGGAUCUGAGGUCACCCCUGAACUUAGCUCCAUCAAUAUCAACAGAUAGAUCUGAGGAUCUGAGCCCAAAAGCGGCUGUUAGAGAUGUCAACAGCUUGGUGUCAUCAACAGCUACUUCAGUUGUGUUGCCUUCCCGUUUAGUCUUGCCAAAGAUGAUUGCUCCUGUUGUUGAACUUGAAGAUGAACAAACGGAUCAUUUGCAAAAGUCAUGUUUUAUGCGUAUUAUUGAUGCAUAUAAGCAAAUAGCUGCAGCUGGAGGCUCCAAAGUCCGCUUUUCAAUACUUGCUUAUUUAGGAGUUGAGUUUCCCUUGGAAUUAGACCCAUGGAAACUAUUACAGAAGCAUAUUUUAAUUGAUUACACUGGUCACGAGGUGAGCUCUUGUCUCAAAUGUUGCUUCUUCUUUAUCAACUUUUUUUACUUAGCUUUGACGCAGCUCCUUGUCAGUGGCCAAUAAUUAUGAGAUGAAGUCUAAUAUUGCAUGUUAUCUUCCUUCUUUUUUCACACAUGUUCCAUCAAUUUCAUGUUUACAGACAUCCUAAA